AUGGUCGGUCCAGGCGGCGGUCCACCACGCAGGAGCCACACCAAGUCCCGUACCGGCUGCAAUACAUGCAAGAGAAGACACAUUCGAUGCGAUGAGACUUUCCCGCAAUGCCGCAAUUGCACAAAGCACAACUGCCGCUGUGACUACCACGAUGCGGCCACUCCACGUGGUAGUCCACCCGCGCCACGUCGCGGUCCUGACCUUCUUAUUUCGCCAGAUAUCGAAAAGGAGAUAGAUAGUUGGCAUCGCACGGGCUUGCCUCCGUAUCCGGAGCUCUUGCAGUGUCCACAAGCCGGGUGGUCUGGCUUGUCACGGACUAGUUUGCGAUUGAUUCACCAUAUCAUUGGGCUUUCUAUUGACUUGCAUCGUCGAGGGUUGAGUGGUUGCACUGUCUGGGCCCAGAAAAUGCCCAAUUUCCUGGCUAUUGCGCUGAGUAGCGACUUCGUGAUGAGCUCUAUCUUGAGCUUUUCGGCGUUUCAUCUGGCUUUCCUUACGCGGGACCAGGAGACCAGACAACUGGCUUUCAGUCAUAAAGUCACCGCUCUCCAGGGACUGCAGACCGCUCUGGCGUCCUUCUCGAGGGAAAACUCCGAUGCGAUUCUUGCAGCUUCGGUUCUUCUAUCAUGGCAGGCGACAGAACAUCAAAGUUGGGUGUCUUUGCAACACGGCAUCACCAGCGUCCUAGAAUCCAUGCAUCCAUAUUGGAAGCAAGAGUCAGAUCUGGUACAGUUUGUAGAAAGUCAACGAGCACUGGGCACGACAGAUCUUUCAAUGGCCGGUGUCUACCAACCCCUUGAUGAAGACAUGGUACAUCUGGACCAAACGAUCCAGGCCCUACGAAUGACACAGAAACGCAUUUCCCACAAUCUCGAGCAUUCUCAACGCCUAGGGGAACUCAUCGAAUUCACCCAGCAGUUCCGUCAUGACUUCCCCAACCAAACAGCCGAACAAUCGUUCGAAAGCAUCCAAACCCUCCGCCGCUGGCUCUUCUGGCUUCCACCAUCCAUGAUUCGAAGCACAGAAUCAGACAUCAGUGCCCUCCCAAUCCUGGCCCAGUUCUUCGCCGUCGGCAUCUCUCUCGACCGCUUCUUCCCAGAGCUAGGCGGCACAUACCUAGGUGCUCUAUCCAUUAGUCCUAUCGAAGAGAUAUACCGCAUAAUAGCCACCCACAACGCUGCAGACCCCUUCAACACCGACCUCCGUCUAUCCCUGGAACUCAUGGACCUACCCCGCAGAGUUGUCAGCCGCCAACGCAGCCGCCUUUCUCUGCCAUGGUCCCCCCGCUCAUCAGUAGACCACUACUCCCCUGGCCCCCCCAGUCCUUUCCACGCAAUCCACGAGUACCCGCUCGUCACCUCUUCCCCGCCUGCUUCCGCCUCACCUUCUUACGCAUCAACUUCCUACGCCUCGCCUUCUUACGCCGCUUAUACUCCACCCUUACAUUCCCCUCCUGCUGUCAAUCUUUCCAACUCUCCCUUCCCCAUCCAAGACGGCUAUGUCUCCGCCGCACCCUCGCAUUCCUUAUACCCACCCUCCCCACAGCUCCUCGAUAACCAGGAUGUACACAUCGGUCUCUCGGAUCUGGGUAAUCAUGCCCAUUCUCAUCAUUCUCCCAUUCCUCAUUCGGCGGCUUACACCCCGCCGUAUGGUGGUGAGGCACUGUGCGCUGAUUUGCCACGCACGGAUGGCACACUCGGUCUCAAUAUGGAGGUCUACCCGCAGACACAUCCAUUUGAAAUGCCGGGCUUGGCUGCUCCCGCUUCACUUUGGGCUUGA